UUGGGUCUAUCACAGGAACUCCUGCACUUCACAAAGGAAACAUCAUGCUGAAGAGGAAGGGGCAGGCCCGACCUUACACUAGAACCCUGGAUGGCGGAUGGGGAUGGAUGACAGUGUUUCAUUUCUUCCUGGUAAAUGUGUUUGUGAUGGGGAUGACCAAGACAUUUGCAAUUUUCUUUGUGGUCUUUCAAGAAGAGUUUGAAGCCACCUCAGAGCAAACUGGUUGGAUUGGAUCCAUCAUGUCAUCACUUCGUUUUUCGGCAGGUCCCCUGGCUGCUAUUAUUUGUGACAUACUUGGAGAGAAAACUACCUCCAUUCUUGGGACUUUCCUUAUUAGUGGUGGCUAUCUGAUCAGCAGCUGGGCCACAGGCAUUCCCUUUCUUUGUGUGACUAUGGGACUUUUACCUGGUUUGGGGUCUGCUUUCUUAUACCAAGUAGCUGCUGUAGUAAUUACCAAAUACUUCAAAAAACGACUGGCUCUUGCUACAGCUAUUGCCCGUUCUGGGAUGGGACUGACAUUUCUAUUGGCACCCUUUACGCAAUUCCUGAUAGAGCUCUAUGACUGGACAGGUGCCCUUAUAUUAUUUGGAGCUAUUGCAUUGAAUUUGGUGCCUUCUAGUAUGCUCUUAAGGCCUGUCCACAUCAAAAGUGAGAACAAUUCUGAUAUUAAAGGUUUGCCUACAAGUGAUCCAGAGAUACCAGAAACAUCAUACUCCAAUGAGACACAAGAGUCUUCCAUCAACAACAGCAUAAUGCAGAACACUGGACAACUUGAUAAAAGCUUAACUGUCUCACAAAAUCAAAGUGAAGAGUUCAACAACAGGCCUAACAGGAACCGACUGUUAAUGAGUAAUGAAGAAUAUUAUAAGAAAAAGGCCAUUUCACAGAGCUGCAAACAAAAGAUCUUUGAUGUUUCUCUCUUUCAGAAUCCUUUCUUUUACAUAUUUACCUGGUCUUUUCUCCUCAGUCAGUUAGCAUAUUUCAUCCCUACCUUUCACCUGGUGGCCAGAGCCAAAACACUGGGGAUUAAUGUUAUGGAUGCCUCCUACCUCGUUUCUGUAGCUGGUAUCAUUGAAACAGUCAGUCAGCUCAUUUCUGGAUGGGUUGCUGAUCAAAACUGGAUGAAGAGGUAUCAAUACCACAAGUCUUAUCUCAUCCUGUGUGGAAUCACUAACCUGCUUGCUCCUUUAGCCACCACAUUCCCACUACUUAUGACCUACACCAUCUUCUUUGCAAUUUUUGCUGGUAGUUACCUGGCACUAAUACUUCCUGUACUGGUUGAUCUGUCUAAGAACUCUGGAGUACACAGGUUUUUGGGAUUCGCUGGUUUCUUUGCUGGGAUGGCCGUCCUUUCUGGACCACCUAUAGCAGGUACUGAGCCACACUCUGAGCAAUUCAAUACCAAUUAAAGAAACACAGACCCGUGAUUAACGGUAACAUGCAACUGCAGUGCCAAGUUCAAGAAAUGGUAUCUCUGGCUUUCCUAUAUUUGCUCCACUUCCAUCACCAAUACAGGAAAAUAUGAGGGUUAAUUCAAUAGACGGACACUAAAAUUCUUAAUAUUCUCUUGGGAAUCUUACAACAGGGAGUGGACCAUAUGUUUACUUAUACAGGAAACAUAUACAGUCUCUAAGACCCCUGAUGAUUUAAAAAAAGGAAAGAGUUUGUAGAUGAUUUAGAAAAAGAAAAAAGAGCCACCAGCAUCUUACCAUCUUUUACACUUGAUCUUAGCCAAAAGGCUGAGAAGCAUUUCCGCUAGCAUCUUUUAUCCAAACAGUAGUCAUUUCUACAGACCCUAAAGGCAGCAAGCCUAACACCUUUGUUGCCUGAUGCACCACAGAGCUGUGAGGGCUGUUCCAGGAUCUGUUCUAUUCAUUCACACUCUUAUCUAGAUCAAGGGUGGGAGGACACUUGGCCUAAAGGGAAAAAUCUCUGUGAAAGGGAUGCAUGGGGCCACUGGUAAACAUUAUAUACAAGUACACACAGUAGGUAUUUGAGGAAUUCUGAUUUUUUAAGUUAACUUUAAGACUAAAAUGUAGUUUAAGAAUG